AGCCGAACCCGGCCGCCCCGCCAGCGGCCUGCGGACCAGAAGCCCCCGGGCCCCGGCGCGGCGCGCACUCGCCCCGGCCCCGGCGUCGCGCAGCCUCUCGGAGCCGGGCGCGCCGGCGGCCUCCCGCGCGGAGCGGCGGCGGUGGGACGCAGCGCGCAGGCGCGGCCAGUUCCCGGCAGUGACGCGGCGGCGGGCGCGCGCGGCGCAUUUCCGCCUCUGGCGAAUGGCUCUGCUGUAGCGCGCGCCGCGGGCCCAGCUGCGACCCCGGCCCCGCCCCCGGGCUCCCGGGACCCCGGCCAUGGACGACCUGUUCCCCCUCAUCUUCCCCUCCGAGCCCGCCCAGGCCCCCGGCCCCUACGUGGAGAUCAUCGAGCAGCCCAAGCAGCGGGGCAUGCGCUUCCGCUACAAGUGCGAGGGCCGCUCGGCGGGCAGUAUCCCCGGCGAGAGGAGCACAGAUACCACCAAGACCCACCCCACCAUUAAGAUCAAUGGCUACACGGGGCCAGGGACGGUUCGCAUCUCCCUGGUCACCAAGGACCCCCCGCACCGGCCUCACCCCCACGAGCUGGUAGGGAAAGACUGUCGGGAUGGCUUCUAUGAGGCUGAGCUCUGCCCGGACCGCUGCAUCCACAGCUUCCAGAACCUGGGGAUCCAAUGUGUGAAGAAGCGGGACCUGGAGCAGGCCAUCAGUCAGCGCAUCCAGACCAACAACAACCCCUUCCAAGUUCCCAUAGAAGAGCAGCGCGGAGACUACGACCUGAACGCUGUGCGGCUCUGCUUCCAGGUGACAGUGCGGGACCCAUCAGGCAGGCCCCUCCGCCUGUCACCUGUCCUCUCGCAUCCCAUCUUUGACAACCGCGCCCCCAACACAGCAGAGCUCAAGAUCUGCCGAGUGAACCGAAACUCUGGGAGCUGCCUCGGGGGGGACGAGAUCUUCCUGCUGUGUGACAAGGUGCAGAAAGAGGACAUCGAAGUGUACUUCACGGGACCAGGCUGGGAGGCCCGCGGCUCCUUUUCACAAGCCGAUGUACACCGACAAGUGGCCAUUGUGUUCCGGACGCCUCCCUAUGCGGACCCCACCCUGCAGGCCCCCGUGCGCGUCUCCAUGCAGCUGCGGCGGCCUUCCGAUCGGGAGCUCAGCGAGCCCAUGGAAUUCCAGUACUUGCCAGACACAGACGAUCGUCACCGGAUUGAGGAGAAACGCAAAAGGACAUAUGAGACCUUCAAGAGCAUCAUGAAGAAGAGUCCUUUCAAUGGACCCACCGACCCCCGGCCUCCUCCCCGGCGCAUUGCCGUGCCUUCCCGCAGCUCAACUUCCGUCCCUAAGCCAGCUCCCCAGCCCUAUCCCUUUACGCCAUCCCUCAGCACCAUCAACUUUGAGGAGUUUUCCCCCAUGGUCUUCUCUUCUGAGCAGAUCCCAAACCAGCCCUCAGCCUUGGCACCAGCCCCUCCCUCAGCCAUGGCACCAGCCCCUCCCUCAGCCAUGGCACCAGCCCCUCCCUCAGCCAUGGCACCAGCUCUGGUUCAGACCCCAGCCCCUGUCCAAAUCCUAGGCUCCAGCCUUGCUCAGGCUGUGGCCCCGCCUGCCCCCAAGCACACCCAGGCAGGGGAUGGGACACUGACGGAGGCCCUGCUGCAGCUGCAGUUUGAUGCUGAUGAAGACCUGGGGGCCCUGCUGGGCAAUAACACUGACCCAGCCGUGUUCACGGACCUGGCAUCCGUCGACAACUCUGAGUUUCAGCAGAUGCUGAACCAGGGUGUCUCUAUGGCCCCCCACACAGCGGAGCCCAUGCUGAUGGAGUACCCUGAGGCUAUAACACGCCUGAUGACAGGGUCUCAGAAUCCCCCUGACCCAGCUCCUGCUCCCCUGGGGGCCUCUGGCCUCUCCAACGGCCUCCUCUCAGGGGAUGAAGACUUUUCCUCCAUCGCAGACAUGGACUUCUCAGCCCUACUGAGUCAAAUCAGCUCCUAAGUGGGUGACUCCUGCCUUGCCCAGAGCACUGGGUUGCAGGAGAUUGAAGCCCUCCCAAAGCAAGCACUUACGGAUUCUGGGGGGAGGGGUGUUCCAACUGCCCCCAACUUCUUUGGGUGAUGUCUUCGUGGUGGUGGGGGGUUGCAUUUUAUUCUUUCAUUGGCAGUAUCUAUCUCUCACUUUGGAGGUGCUUAAGCAGAAGCAUUAACUUCUCUGGAAAUGGAGUUGGGAGGACUCAGACCCUUCCCUUGUCCUGAUGUUCAGCUCCUCUCUCUAGGAAAUUCUGGAGGCUCCCAUCCCCACCCUCCAGCUUCUAGUACUCUCCUAGAGAGAGGGACAGGCUGGAGCUAUGCCUUGGAGGCCACAAAGCCUUAUUAUCAAGUGUCUUCCUCAAAUCAUGGAUUCAUUUACACUUGAGCCAAAAUGAUGCCCCUGUUACCAGCUUUUCUGUGGUGCUGGCAUUUCCCUUGUGCCUAACACCAGCAUUUGAGGGGCUGGACUUCCUGCCCUGCCAAGGUCUCUGCCGGCUCGUGCUUUGCUCAGCUGUGGCUGAGGAGACUGGUGGGACAGCUCUGGCCCUCUCCUCUCCAUGAUCCAGGGAGGUUAGGUCUGAGACUUUUCUGUUCCCCUUUUUUUAAGUGCCUUAAUAGAAGGGCGAGUUGUUUGGAGAGUGGGGGGGAGGGCAGGCUGGCAGCUCUCCAGUCAACAGGCUCAGUUUUUACUGAAGAAUCAAAGCAGUUGGACUCUUGCUUUUACUCUGAACUAAUAAAUUUGUUGCCAAGCCUA